AGUCUGGAGCAUGAGUUUCUUCUUUCACUGUCGAGACGGCACUGCUGGCACCCUGUUCAAAACUGCUUGACUUCUGCAACCUUUGCAGGCUAAUGCUUGAUGAUGGCAGCGAAAAACAAACCAGUAAUGCAGAAUGGAAGCCCCAAGCAAAGCAGUGUGUUACAGAGAGUUCUGCAGUUUCCUGUGGUGAAUUCAGCCCUCAGCAGUCUCCAGAGGACGUAUGCCAGUGCCAAAGAGAUUCAUCCCUUGAUGGCAUCCAUAUGUGCCACCUAUGAGCGAGCUCUCCAGAAUGCCAGUUCCUUGGCUCUGUGGAGUGUGAAGCCUGUGGUACACAAGCUGGAGCCUCAACUUGCAGCAGCCAAUGUUUUGGCUUGCCAAGGUUUGGAUCAUUUGGAGAAGAUACCUAUCCUUCAGAAACCAGUGGAAGAAGCUACAUCUGAUUUGAAGGACACCAUUCUAGCUCACCUUCACUAUGCUAUAUGCUCUGUCGUGGACAUCCUGGACAAAGUCUUAGGACUGUCUGCUGAAAAUAAUGAGCAGUCCAAGAACAACCUGAAGAUCAAGAAAGAGAAUGCAAAGAGCAGACAAGCGAACCGGGUAGCUAAAACCUCUGCAGCUGACAAGCUGGAGAAGGUGGAGGAUUGGAAAAUGGAGCCCAAUUCAGUCCACAAGUCUCCAGCAGGAUGGGAAUCAGAAAAGAUGACUCCUUCCAGUGCCCUUGCAAAUAUCAGGUCUUUAGUUGCUGCUGUUUCCCAGAUUGCUUUCAGACAGACAUCUCAAGCCAUCCAGGUUACCAAAGACACAGGACUGAAACUGGCUUUGUGGAUCUCGUAUUUGUUCAGCUUCCCAAGGGUUUUGCUGAAAGAAGAGGAAACAAUGGGGAUGGGUUCUCCAGAAUCUUGCCAAGAACAAGAUGGCGUCCAGUUUGUUACUCCUGAGAGCAAGAAGCUUCAAGAAAGACGGUCUAGUCGGGGACAUUAUCCUCUUCCCUUCCUCAAUCUCGAUGAGCCUCUCACCCCUCAUCAAAGCCCACCCUUAGAAACAGAAUCUGCUGUGGCCAAGAAAUCUGCUUUCUCCAGCAGCAGGAGAUGGAGUGAAGGGCUGUUCCGGACCAGUCUGGAAACUACCUAUAUGAGGGCACACUUUGCAAGACUCUAUAGCUCUGCUGUCAAGAAAGACUAAGCCAGUGAGUGGCAUUAUGCUAAACUAGGAUUUGUUAAGUAUGAAUUGCUAUCCCAAGUGUGCUUUUCCAAAAGGCGAUUGGAUUUCCUUCAUUUUUUUCCCUUUGAAAACAUU